CGGAGACGCGGCCCCUUGCGGAGCAGCCCGGGAGCCGCUCCCCUUUCCCCCCGCCCCCGCGCCCGGGGCGCCGCAGCGGGGGGUGGAGUGGGGUGAAGGGCCAGGCCGCUCUGUGGUGGCAGUGGCUGGCGAUGGCCCAGGCUCCCAUGGAGGAGGAGGAGUGUCCCGAGCUGAUUCCCAUAGAGGAUCAGGAGGUUGCGGGAGAAGAGGCUGAACUCAGCCACGGCACCAAGAUCCCAGUCACUAUCAUCACAGGCUAUCUAGGUGCUGGGAAGACAACUCUUCUUAAUUAUAUUUUGACAGAACAACAUAACAAAAGAAUAGCAGUUAUUCUAAAUGAGUUUGGAGAAGGAAGUGCCUUGGAAAAAUCCUUGGCUAUAAGUCAAGGUGGAGAACUCUAUGAAGAAUGGCUGGAGCUCAGAAAUGGUUGCCUGUGCUGUUCAGUAAAGGACAAUGGCUUGAAGGCCAUUGAGAACCUGAUGCAGAAGAAGGGAAAGUUUGACUACAUAUUACUAGAAACCACUGGAUUGGCAGAUCCAGGUGCUGUGGCCUCCAUGUUUUGGGUUGAUGCUGAACUAGGAAGUGACAUAUAUCUUGAUGGUAUUGUGUCUGUUGUUGAUGCUAAGUAUGGACUGCAGCAUUUGACAGAGGAAAAACCUGAUGGCCUUAUCAAUGAAGCAACUAGGCAGGUUGCACUAGCUGAUCUAAUAAUCAUCAAUAAAACAGAUUUGAUUUCACAAGAAGAACUGAAUAAAAUAAGAACAGCUGUCAGGUCAAUAAAUGGACUUGUCAAAAUUUUAGAAACUCAAAGAUCAAGAGUUGAUCUCUGUGAAGUUUUAGACCUGCAUGCUUUUGACAGCUUAUCUGGGAUAAGUUUGCAGAAAAAGCUGCAGCAUGUGCAGACUACACACCCACACCUAGAUAAGAGUAUUGUUACAGUUACGUUUGAAAUAUUAGGAAACACAACUGAAGAAAAUCUAAAUGAAUUUAUUCAGAAUCUUCUGUGGGAGAGGAGUGUGAAAGACAAGGCUGGUCAUCCCAUGGAGGUCAUAAGACUCAAGGGGUUGGUGUCUAUUAAAGACAAAUCUCACCAGGUGAUUGUCCAAGGUGUCCAUGAACUAUAUGAUCUAGAAGAAACCACGGUAAGCUGGAAAGAGGAUGAUGAAAGAACAAACAGAUUGGUUCUAAUAGGCAGGAACUUGGAUAAGGAUAUCCUUAAACAAGUAUUUAUAGCUACCAUGACAGAAACAGGAAAACAGUUGACAUCACACCACAAAGAAGAAGAAAAAUCUGUCCUUAACACUGCAAACUUUUAUAAUAAUGGAUGACAUGCAGUACAGUAGCUUCAUUUUGCUCUUGCAGUUUAUACAACUGUUCAACUCUGAAUUUGACGUUACUACUGUUACGAAUUCCAAAUCAUCUAUUGUUUAAAUAUUUGCAUUUUUGUUACAGAAUAAAAUAGAGUAAAUUAGUGUGUUUAAAAUUUUGGCAUGUCUUUUAAAUGAUGUAAUAAUAAUAUCAUAUGUAUUCACAUAAAUAAUUAAGUUUUUUUUUCUGA